AUCACAAAUCUGGAUAUGAGUAGUAUACAUUUUCUAAACCAUUUAGUAUUAUUUAUUUGUUUGGCACUUAUUUAUUUCCAAAUUUAAAAUAAAAUGCUUCCUACAGAUAAAAACAGCAACAAGACCCUGGAUGAUCUUUCCUAUGACAUCCUGGAUCAAGGGCCUAAGGUACAUAAAUCUCCAUCUGAAAAUCACAUUGUGGUUGAGUGUGUGGGUGACAGUAGGGACGCAGGCCCCUCACGAGCAUCUGCAUCCACUUUGGUACAGCCCGAGCAGCUAGACCCAAGACAAAAGGAAGGUGCUGCUGAAGGUUCAGCAUCAGUUUCAACACAUUCCACCUACCAAGGGCAAGUUCCUUUAUAUUCCACCUGCCAAGGACAAAAAAAGAAGAGCAUUCUAACAACCGAAUCCAAGACGAAUCCUUUGUACAAGGAGAAGCUUCGUCAAAGGCUGAGACUCUUGUUUGUUUCAGACGCAGACAUACAGUCAAUGCCAACCGAAAAGGCCGCAGAGCCUAGUUUGGAAAGCCAGUUGAAGCCGAGCAGGGAUAGUUCCAAGCUGGAGAAUCGCUUGGAUGACUUGACGAAACGUGUGCUCAUCCUGGAUACCAACAUGGAUAGCUUGGCCUAGAACAAGUGUUGCACCUGAAUAUCAUGCGAAGAAGGAUCUCACCACCUAUUUGAGGCUUGACUGUCUAAAAGAGGAGCUCAUCCAUGACAAACCCAUAGAGUUGACCCCCUCGUGGCUGCAAGAAUGUGCGUUGUCAGUGAAAGUGAAAAAUUUUAAAACGAAUAAGAGAAAUUGUGCCUGUCA